UUAUAGAGCCAACCUAACCUGUCUCUUGCUUCGCACAUGUUUCGCCCUAAAUUACAACUUGCAUGUUAUAGUUGAGGUAGAAUAAACCAUUCUCGUUAUAUUUAAAUCAUUAAUUUAAUAUGAAAUUAAAAGGAUUACGAGUUAAUCCACUGCAUCGAGUAUCGCAGAAUGGAGAUAAUGAUUCCCAGAUUAAAAGUGUGUCGAAUAGCAAUGAGGUAAAUAACAAAGAAGCUAAGUUUCCUUGUGAUGGUAAUUUUAGUGAAAUAAAAUGUAAAAUAGUUCGACGUCAAAAAAGAGAAAAAUUUAAAAGGGAAAAAGCAAAAGCCAAACGAGAAGCUAGAAAACUGAAAUUGCAAACAGGCGCACCUAAGCAAGUACCUCAUACUAUAGAAAGUUUGCGUGAGAAAGAUGAAACAAUCAUCGUUGGAAGUUUAGAUGAUUCAAUAAAUGCAGAGAUUAAGGAAGAUAUAGAACUUGAUGAGUUUGCAUCAUAUUAUCGACAUGAUUAUGAACCUAAAGUUUUGAUAACUUUUGCUGAUAAUCCUUCUACAAAAACGAGAAUUUUUGGACGUGAAUUAACAAGAAUAAUUCCAAACUCAAUAUCAUUGUAUAGAAAUCGAUCUGGUGUUAAAAAGAUUGUGAAAAGUGCUACAGCUAAGAGUUUUACUGAUAUUGUUGUUGUAAAUGAAAAUAGAUCAGAACCGAAUGGCUUGCUGAUUAUCCAUUUACCGGAUGGUCCGACAUUACAUUGCAAACUGAGCAAUGUGAAAAUUACUCCAGAAUUGAAGCGCAGUCAUAAAGAAAUUACUAAUCAUCGUCCAGAAGUUAUUUUAAAUAAUUUUACGACCCGUUUGGGGCAUUCAGUGGGCAGAAUGUUGGGCGCCUUAUUUCAUUAUGAACCUGAAUUCAAAGGACGAAGAGUUGUUACAUUCCACAAUCAACGUGAUUACAUAUUCUUUAGACAUCACAGAUACGAAUUUAAUCCGGAUACUGGAAAACCCAGGUUGCGGGAACUCGGGCCGAGAUUCACCUUAAAAGUUAAGUCUUUACAAUAUGGAACAUUUGACAGUAAGUAUGGAGAUUUUGAGUGGAUUAUUGAGGGUCGUCGUCAUGAGAUGGAAACAAGUAGAAGAAAAUUCUUUUUGUAAACAUAUGUUUUCUUUUAUUUGUUAAAUGUGACUCAUUAAUUUUUAUUAAAAUUAAUUUUACAAAUA